AACUAGCAUGGGGAAUGUCAGCUAAUAUACCAUUUACAGUAUUUGAUUUAGCAUGAGAAAAAAACGAUAUGACGGAAAUAAAUUUGGACUUCCACGAGUAGUUAAAGCUGGGGCACUUUUAUUUACAGGAUUUCUCGCGUGGCAUUACGCUGGGUUCACGAUUUACAACUUUGCAAGUUCUAAGGGUCAAGAGAAGUUAAGGAAGGAAGGUGUCCCCGAAGAUGAAAUAAGUAGAAAAAGUGGAUACCAAAGAGUAAUGCACAAGGAGGGUGGAAGGGUUAUAAAGUUUCACUACAGAACUGUGAUAGGUGAAAAAAAUAUAAAAAAUGAAAAUCCAGAACAUCAGGAGUGAAAAUUCAUACCGGUACUUUUAACAGGAAGGGAAAAUGGAUAUGUUUUUUUCAUAAUAGACACACUGAACAGUGUUUUACAGAAAUCUGCUAUGUGUAUGUGAUCAUUUUGAAACAUUGCUGCAUAAAAAGGACACUUUUGUGCAUAUUUUUUGCAAGAUGGAGUGUUUUUAUCUCAGGAUGUCAAAAUAAAUUAAUGUCAUUAA